AUGUCCUACAAGCGCUCUCGAGCUGCCUUCGAAGCCGAUGCUACGGGUCUGCCCCAACACGCCCAAUUUGCGAUAUAUGGCACGCCUCUACCGCCAUACGAUCCUCAGGCGCGAGAUGACGGCAGCUAUGUCCCAGUCUGGAAGCAGGAGGUGACGGAUGAGCGCGGAAGAAAGCGUCUGCACGGUGCAUUUACGGGCGGCUUCAGUGCAGGUUACUUCAAUACCGUCGGCUCGAAAGAGGGAUGGACGCCGAGCACAUUCGUCUCGUCUCGGUCGAAGCGGGCCAAGGACCAGCAAGAUGGCAAGCCGCGCGAGCAGAAAGCGGAGGAUUUCAUGGACGACGAAGAUCUGGCAGAGCAAGCAGAAGCCCAAAAGCUGGAGACUCAGAAUGCCUUUGCUGGCCUGGGUACUGCUGAGGAUGGCAAUGGCGGCAGAGGCAUGUUCUCUGAUCUAUUCAAGACCACUGGCGAGACAAAAGGCGUGAAGCUGCUACAACGAAUGGGCUGGAGACAAGGGCAAGGCAUUGGUCCAAAGGUUCGACGGCGAGCACAAGGUGACAAGUCUGGCGAGACUCACCUGUUCGCCCUUGAGAACUCGCGCUUGAUCAGCUUCAUACGAAAGACUGAUCGUAAAGGACUCGGCUUUGCUGGAGAAGGCCGACUCAAUGACCCCACCAAGCCAGAUGCAGACGAAGAUGAGGACAGUGGUGACGACGCUAGGAUUCUACGUGCCAAUCGUUCAAAGAUUCAGACGAAGCCGAAACCCUUGAAAAAAUCUGGCUUCGGUGUAGGAGUGCUGAACGAUGACGGGUCAGAUGAGGAAGACCACUUCUCCGUGGGACCGAAAAUCAGCUACAACAAGAUCAUCGGUGCGGACAGGAAGAAAAAGAAAGGUUUACUUUCUUCGAGUAACAACACUUCGGAAGUGGUGAAACCGAUUGCUACCUCCAGAAAGCUGGCGCAGCGGACAUUCAACGUCACCAACUUCCGGAAAUGCCACGAUGGACGGCUGCCCUUGGAUGGCUUCGUGCUUGCUACAGCAUCUUUGACCUUAUCCGAUGACAACAAAUACCCGCCUCCAGCUGUCCCAGCAGAUUGGAAGCCGAAGCAGAGCACCGAAUCUACCCCAACCGAUGCGAAGUAUCAGUCGACAGCAGAUGCUGCGAAGCUUUCCACCAUGGAUGCGAAAUCGCGGGCGGCUCUGAUGGGAGAGCAGCAGCUCCCAGGAAAGUCGAUAUUCGACUUCAUCAAACCAGACGCAAGGGAUCGUCUUGCCUCCGCAACUGGCAAGAGUGAUCUGCCUCGGGCUCUGGGUGAGAGCGCCCCGGCUGGAUUCGAGCAGAGUGCUGCUGAGAAGCAUCGUACGCUGUGGGACUACGUCCCCAAGCUCGACAAGCAGACCGCGGCAGCAGCGUUGCAGCGUGGUUUGACGGGAUGGAUGCCUUACGCUGAAGAUGAGGACAAGCGAGACAGGUACAAGUACUUUCUCGAGCUCAGUUCAGGGCUUCAAUCCAACCUGCCUACACGACCGCAAUCACUUUCUCUCGAAGAAUGGAAGAGAGAGAUGCGAGAGUUCGCCGACGCAGCCGAGAUCUUCAAGCCUGCCUCCGGAUAUAUGGCGAGUCGCUUCACUUCAUCCACGAACGCUGGGCCGAAGCUAGCAUCUGAUGCUCCUGAUUCAGCCCCUAAGCAGCCUACGGCGAAAGAGGAGGACCCAGCCGAGAAGGCGGCCAAGAUGGGGAUGUACGGUCCCAUGACGCGCUCGAGCGAGCCUUUCUAUCCUACAAGACUGCUUUGCAAGCGUUUCAACGUCAAGCCGCCUCCUAAUGUUGCAGCUGGGAGUGCUGCGGAAGCUGAAGGCGAGAUGAUGGAUGAGACUCGUAGGCUUGAUGUCGUCAGCCAAUCGAGCAUCAAUCGGAUGAUGAUGGAAGCCAACUUCAACAAUCCCAAAGCCCCUGGUUUCGUGUCAGGAGGCACAGAAGGUGGAUCCGAGGGACCAACAUCAUCAAGUCUCAGGAGAGAAGAGGCGGCUGAGGUCAACGUGGAGAAGAAUGACGCUUUAGAAGGCAAGCGGGCGGGCGAAGAAGUCUUCAAAGCCAUCUUCGGCAGCGAUGAUGAAGAUGAAUGA